UUCUUCCUUUCUCUUAACAACAUCGUUUCUCUUCAAGGCCCAACGACACCGUUUCUACAUGCAGCCACCCACUUCGACUUCAACAUUCUGCCCGUACGUCGAACUCAACCCAGUUAGGGGUUCUUAACACGGGAGUAGUAAUAGGAGUUAUGGCUUACAGUGGCGCAGCCAUGGGUGCGCCAGGAACGGCCGGUUCGGCAUCCGCGUCAACUGUCAGGCAGGUGAAAUUGGAGAGAGAGAGUGAGCUGAGGGUUGAGGUCUCUAACGACACGCCUCUCAGGCUUCGACUGCUCACUGGCACGGCUGAGAUCUUCGGCACCGAGCUACCCCCGGAAAUCUGGCUCAAUUUCCCUCCCAGGCUAAAAUUUGCCGUUUUUACUUGGUAUGGAGCAACAAUUGAAAUGGAUGGUGCUACUGAACUUGAUUAUACUGCAGACGAGACACCCAUGGUUAGUUAUGUAAACGUCCAUGCUAUAUUGGAAGGACGGAGAAGCCGUGCAAAAGCGUCAUCAUCUAAUGACUAUGAUUCUUCUCAGGGACCCCGGGUGAUUGUUGUGGGACCCACAGAUUCUGGCAAAAGUACCUUAUCAAGGAUGCUUCUUAGUUGGGCAACUAAGCAGAGCUGGAAACCUACUUUUGUGGAUUUGGAUAUUGGCCAGGGAUCUAUAACUUGUCCUGGAUGCAUUGCAGCCACCCCAAUCGAACUGCCCAUUGACCCAGUGGAAGGAAUUCCUCUUGAUAUGCCCCUCGUGUACUUCUAUGGGCACACAACUCCUAGUAACAAUGUAGAUUUGUACAAAGUACUUGUGAAGGAGCUUGCUAGAAUGCUGGAGAGACAGUUUACUGGUAAUGCAGAAUCUCGAGCUGCAGGUAUGGUGAUCAAUACCAUGGGAUGGAUAGAAGGAGUAGGCUAUGAGUUGCUUCUACAUGCAAUUGAUAUAUUCAAUGCCAAUGUCAUCUUGGUCUUGGGUCAGGAAAAGCUUUGGAGCAUGCUCAAAGAUGUCCUAAAGAACAAGCCGAAUGUAGAUGUUGUGAAACUUCAAAAGUCCGGCGGGGUUGUAUCUAGGAAUGCAAAAGUUCGUCAGAAGACCAGGAGUUAUAGGAUAAAGGAAUACUUUUAUGGCCUAGUGAAUGAUCUCUCCCCACAUUCUAAUAUCGCAAAUUUUAGUGAUUUGGCUGUAUAUCGAAUUGGGGGUGGACCACAAGCCCCACGAUCAGCGCUGCCAAUUGGAGCAGAGCCUGCUGCAGACCCGACCAGAUUAGUUCCUGUUAGCGUCAACCGGGACUUGCUCCAUGUAAUUCUUGCUGUCUCGUUUGCCAAAGAACCUGAUGAAAUAAUUUCAAGUAAUGUUGCUGGCUUUAUCUAUAUAACGGAUGUCGACAUUCAAAGGAAGAAAAUUACAUACCUUGGACCGUCUGCCGGAGAUCUCCCAAGCAAAUAUUUGAUAGUCGGAACCUUGACAUGGCUUGAAACUUGACUCAAAACCUGACUAAUUUAUAAAUAUCGUUUUUUAUUUUGGCUGAAAAGCCCGAAUAAUAGACUGAAGUUAUAGAAAUGAUUGUAUGUUGGGAAUCAUGGGUAUAGCUUCUAGUUUUACAUAUUAGCUUGUGCCCUGAGAGCUAGCUACUUCUAGUGUGGCAAUGUAUUCUUCUCUUGUAUCACAACCAAAAUUAGCUUGUGCCUUGAGAGCUAGCUACUUCUAGUGUAGUAAUGUAUUCUUCUAGCUUCUAGUUUUA